AUGCACGUGCAGGUCUACAAUGUCUUGACGCAGGUGAUGCCUUACGCCUUCAACGCAGCUUCCAAGAUCUGGGAAGCGUUUAGCCGAGAGCCCUCUUUGCUUCCCCCGGUGGAUUCCAAAGGCAGAAUCUACCAAGAACGCUAUGAGAUGCUGUACCAUCGGCUCUUUCUUAACUUGAACGAGAAUCUUCAGCCUUCGUUGGUGCCGGAAGCAAAGGCCGUGCAAGGGAUAUUUCCCGGCCAGCGGGCGCUCACAACAGUGGCGUCGCUGGUUGGAAACCCUGGGCGGAAGCUCACCUUUGGGCUGCUGCGCAGACUUGACGAUGAGUUGCAGGGCAGAUGGGUCAUUGAAGAUCUGCACAAGGUGAUGCCAGUGGAGCUCGUUGUGCAAUCGUCUGGCCAUUUUGUGACCGACGCUUCCUUUAUUCUUGCCGAGGGCGAGGUGAAAAAUGGUAUCUUUCGCAUCGACGGCUUGCUCCAAGUCGAAGCAAUAACUCGGAAGGCAAGCCUCAGCGAGGAGGUGCCACGACAGAUCUUUGGUGGCAACCUCACCGACGACCAGUUGAAGAAGCUAGAGAAACACUACGAGCCGGCCUACCCUGACGGCAUGUUCGUGGUGCUGUCAGAGGUUCAUUUGGAUAGUGCGCAGGUUUUGGAUGACCUGGAAGUCGUUUUUCAAGGCUAUGAGGAAGCUGGUCCGCCAAGUGCCUACAUCUUCAUGGGCAGCUUCAGCUCUCGAGCCUUCGUUCCAACAGCUGAGGGCGUCCGAAGCUAUCGUGAAGGCUUCGAGCGGCUGAAGUUCAUGAUGCGUCGGCUUGAAGCCCACGUGACGCACGGCACCAGCUUCGUUUUCGUUCCUGGGCCGAAGGAUCCAGGCGCACAAACCUUGCCAAGGGCGCCUCUCCCCCACUACUUGAUGUCAGACUUGGCCAAGGAGAUUCCCGGUGUUGGUUUACGCUUCAUGCCAGCGAUGCAGCGGAAGCUCCGUUGCUGGGUGGACGUGCGAUGGCAUGCACCGAUCUUGCUUCCAGUGGAGUGGGGCAUUUGGGUCAGCCGAUACUGUAUCAUCGAGCCAGCCAGUGCCAGCUUGCAUGCUGACCUUAUGAUCCACUUCUACAAGAAGGAGCCCGGUCCCAGUCAGACGCCCGUGGCCAUGCAGCUAUUCACAUCAGUGGAGAUCGAGCCGAGUCCGUGUUUGGUGGCACUGCGUCUGGGCAGAAAGGAGGUGGCCUGGCUGCGGCUUCCAACGCAGUACGCUCUCGAUGCGCUGAAGACACUGUUGCGGGAAGCGCGGGCAUUUCGUUGUGCCAUGCCAAAGGGCCGGCUUGAGGCGUGCCGGGAGCAGCUCCUGAGCGAGAAGGAGACCGAGCUGACUCAGCGUGAGGCUCGGUUAUGCGAACGUGAACGUGCCUUCGCCAAGAAGGAGCAAGUGCACACACCCUCAGCUGUGGCUUCCAGUGAAGACGAGGAGGAAGUUCCCUUUGGGUCCUCCGUGGUCAUGGACUGGCCGCUGUCCCGAUCAGAGAAGCAGCUCCGCUUAGUGACUGUUCUGGAGCGGGAGCGCAUAGCAGCGGUAGCCUGCGAGCGCAACCGGGCGAAGAGGCGCUUCUCGGAGCCCACCCGCUCAGAAAGCGGUGCUGCAGCGAGGUGCGAAGUGAGAGUUGCUCCCCGAGUCAGGGGCACAAACCCCUGCCGAGUCAGGCACUACAGCCGUGAGAUGGUUUUCUUCCGCCACGAUGUCCUACGCCUGCUUCGUCGACACGAGGCCGUUCCACUGACUUCAUCGGAGUCGCAGGUGCAAGGUUUCGACAAUCUGCGGUACACGCAGGCUGCGCGAUUUAUCUUGGAUCAGGCGCACCUUGUCCCCCUGCCACUGGAAGAAAGUAACAUCCUGUGGGAGUACGACCACACGCUGCGGCUCUACCCGCUGCCUCAUGCGGUGUUCAUUGGAGGUUCGACACCUCCUUUCGAGUGCAGCUACAAGGAAUGCAAGUUUACAAGUGUGGGUCUGUUCAGCGCGGCGACCUUCUACGCCUACCACCCGGUCAAGGACGAUCUGCAGAUAUGUGAUGUGCCAGACCGGGCAGGUUGA